CAGACUUGUACCGUACUAGAUCUUCUGCAGAUCCCCUCCCUAGCCGCAAUUUUUCUCAGCAGCCGUAGUGAUGUUCAUCAGGACCAAUUGACCAAAGCUUAAAAAUGGUGGAAAAAUCAAUACCAGGGGGAGCAUGUAGCAAUGUUAAUACUUCAUCAUUACAACUGGGAUCUGAAAUUAUCAUCACAGAUGCCAAGAAUAAGUUUGAGAACACAAAUGAGAUCAUCAGAACACCAAACGAUGUUAAAGAUGCGAAAAGAACGAAAGAGAAUGAAGAAUCAAAAGAUAUUCGUUCGAGUUUGGAAAUCAGUCAAACGGAGAGAUCUAAUAACUCUGUUGUACUACGGAAGCUUCUUCGGGGCCCUCGGUACUUUGAUCCUCCAGAUAGCAGUUAUGGAAAUUGCUAUAGUUGUGGUGAACGCGGUCAUACAAUUACCAAUUGUAGCGCUUCUAAGCGCAAGAAGCCUUGUUAUUUAUGCGGCAGUUUGGAGCACAUUGCAAGGCGGUGCAAGCAGGGAAAGAAAUGUUUUCAUUGCAAACAAAGUGGUCAUCGUGCAAAACACUGCCCAGAAAAAUGCAUCGAGGGAGUCGAAAAGGCUAAAACAUGUUUAAAAUGCGGUGAUUCUGGGCAUGAAAUGAACGAAUGCGAGACUGUGUUCUACUCUGUGGAUGACCUCAAGGAAAUACAAUGUUACAUUUGCAAAUAUAUGGGCCAUCUUUGUUGUGUUGACUAUGGUGAAGGUCCAAGUGAGGCUUCUUGUUACAGGUGUGGUCAGUUGGGCCAUACUGGUUUGAAAUGUGAAAGUGUAACUUCAAGUGUAAUAACGCAUACUGAGGCGUCACCUAGUUAUUGCUACAAAUGCGGCCAGGAAGGCCACAAGUCACGCAAAUGUAAAACAUCAUCUAAGAAGCGAAAAUGGAAAAAAGCGAAGCGCAUUAAUCUACAAGAUAACACAGAGCAUGUAGCGGUUAAAUCUGCACCGCAAGAGCUAGGUGAGGUUUGUAAAAGGAAUAAAACACAACAUGGAUACUCAACUUCAUCUCAACCAAAGCGUAGGGGUGGUUGGAUGGAUGACGACGAAGAUGAAGAUCACGAUGGCGGUUUAAGUGGGACCCAGUGUGGAUCUUUGUCAACACCAGCUAGUUAUAGAUCUAAUCAAGGAUUUCAUGGUUCUAGUGAUUAUGUUUGUGAUUUUCAAUAUGAAGGUUGAGGUGAAAGGAGAGAAUAUGGUUGUUUUGAUUUGGUAUUGUAUGUCCAUUGUUGUAUUUUUAGUGUUUUUUUUUUCUUCUUAUUUUUAA